UUCCCGGCAUGCCUCGAUAACCCCACCCAGCACUGUCAAAUCGAUGUUUGCUGUCUAUGUCGGCACGGAGAGCGAACGCUUCAUGAUUAUCCGUGUCGAUUCCAUGCUAGGGCGGCAUUCUUGUGCCCUUUAGCCCUAGCAAGUAGCCGGAGUGGGCACGGAUUAGCUGUGUUUUUUCUUGUUUGAGGAUAUCAGUUGCUUAAUUGUCGUUCCAAACUGGCAAAAUUAGCCACCAUUCUGGACAGCAUGGGGUGCUUUCGAAAGAAAGAAGACGAGGAUGAUAAAAUGCGGAAAGAAGCAAACAAACGGAUUGAGAAACAAUUACAGAAGGAUAAGCAGCUUUAUAGAGCAACCCAUCGUCUUUUGCUGCUUGGUGCCGGAGAAUCCGGAAAAUCUACUAUCGUAAAGCAAAUGAGGAUACUGCAUGUCAAUGGAUUUGGUGCAGAAGAGAGAAAGCAAAAAAUUGAAGACAUUAAGAGAAACGUUCGAGACGCCAUUUUGACAAUAACAGGAGCCAUGAGUACCAUAAACCCACCAGUGGCUUUAGAGAAGCCUGAUAACCAGUUCCGAGUGGACUAUAUACAAGAUGUUGCCAGUCAAGCAGACUUUGACUAUCCACCGGAGUUUUAUGAGCACACAGAGGUAUUAUGGCAAGAUAAAGGCGUUCAGCAGUGCUUUGAGAGAUCCAAUGAAUAUCAGCUCAUUGACUGUGCGCAGUAUUUUUUAGAUCGUGUACACAUAGUCAAGCAACCAGAUUACACCCCAACAGAGCAGGAUAUACUGCGGUGUCGAGUGUUAACCUCAGGCAUUUUCGAAACAAAGUUUACUGUUGACAAAGUUAAUUUUCACAUGUUUGAUGUUGGUGGCCAGCGAGAUGAGAGGAGGAAGUGGAUCCAGUGUUUUAAUGAUGUGACUGCCAUAAUCUUCGUCACUGCUUGCAGUGGCUAUAAUCUGGUUUUACGAGAAGAUCCCAGUCAAAACCGACUACGAGAAUCUUUAGAUCUGUUUCGCAGCAUCUGGAACAACAGAUGGUUGCGGACAAUAUCAGUGAUCUUAUUUUUAAACAAGCAAGAUCUGCUGGCUGAGAAGGUGAAGGCAGGCAAGUCAAAGAUAGAGGAGUAUUUUCCUGACUUCACACGCUACCAGGUCCCACCAGAUGCCACUGCUGAGCCUGGAGAUGACCCUGAGGUGGUGAGAGCUAAAUACUUCAUCAGGGACGAAUUCUUGAGAAUCAGCACUGCAAGUGGAGAUGGUCGCCACUACUGCUACCCUCACUUCACUUGUGCUGUGGACACAGAAAACAUCCGACGGGUGUUUAAUGAUUGUCGGGACAUCAUUCAGCGAAUGCACCUCCGCCAAUAUGAGCUACUGUGAUGUGCCUCUUAUUGAGGCCCAUGACAUUCUCAUCAUGUGAUGCACCUCUGCUCCUCAUUGAUUGCACAUCGCUUGAAUUUUGGAGGCUCUCGUUCUACUCACCCACACUCACGCACAACCACGCCACCCACAUGCCUGUUAGCAGCCAGAUACUUCAAUGAAGAAUAAAAGGGAUGUGCUGGGUGUUGAAAUUGUGUUGUUCAAGCAAAUGAAUUUAGCAGAAGUGAGGAUCUAUAUUGUUUGAAGUGAUCAGGAUCUGCCAUCUUCAAAACCAGCAAAUCCUGGUAGUAGAAAAAAAAAGUACAACCUAUUACACUGGAACGAGAAACUGCUUAAAUGUGACUGUUUGAAUUAGGCCUGAGUGUAUAUGUAUAGUACGCAAAUGUGUGUAUGUAAACUUCCUUCAACAGUGGCACUAGCACAUUCAGCUGUAAAAGGAGAGCUAGCAGUUUGGUUUGACAUUACAGAGAAUUAAGAAUUCUGUGCAUGGAAUCUGCGGCUAAGUCUCUCCCACACCAACAGUUCAGCAUUGUGAAAUGACUUUGAUUAUGGUGUUGGCAAAGCCAUAAAAUGCUGAGGAAGCAGAGAGGAUGAAUGAUCGGUAGUGGAGUGGUAGCAUAGUGAAUGAACAUAGAAAAACAAAAUGUGCGGUAAACUAGAAUGGUUGGCUCAACUUUGAUAUGUAUGCAUUAAGACUAGACAAAAUGACAGAAAACAUGCAGACGUCAAUAGUUGUACAGUACUGCAUUGUUUAUACUAUACAAAACCACAUUCAUAUUUUUGUUUCCAGGCUCUGUAUGUUUGUGUGUGUGUGUGUGCACACAAGUGCUUGUGUGUGUGAGAGAGAUUUUCAUUUUGUUGGGGUUUUUUUUUUUUCAGGUAGUAUGAAAAAAAAUCAUUGCAUCAUCACUUUAAAGUGGACUGGCUGACUGAUCCUGUUCCCUGUGUGUCUGUGUUUUGUGUAAGGAGGGGAAUUUUUUUUCCUCUGUGUGUGUGUGUGCGCGCGCGCGCUUUGCUGGACUACAGAAAUAAGAGAGGUUAAAGACCCAUUUUGUAUGUGAUCUAAGAUGAAAUAGUACCUUUUGGAACUCUGUUAAUAUGAGGCUGUGGCCUGAAUUUUGAGUCUAGAUUGUGAUUGUGCCAUUUGUCACCUGCCAGACACUGGAGGUGGCAGCAAAUUUUAUGUAACCCAACAGAUAUAUGCAGAAUCUUCACUUAUCAAAGCGUCUGCUGUUUCACCAAUGCUGUUUUUGCCACCUGUGGACAAAGUGCAAGCAGCUUUUCAACUUAUUGUGUUUCAUUAUCUUCCUACCUUUCCCUGUACAGAACUCUCCCAUUUUGUUUUGUCAACUGUGUUUUUUGCUGCCUGCUUCAGUGUUUGGAUUUAUGUUUGGAAAAAGGGACACUUGAGAAGUGUCAUGAGGUUGAGUAUGGAUGACUUAUUCAGCUGAUCUUUUAAGUCACUGUUUAUACAUGAAAUUAACUUUUAAGUGAUUACAAAAACUCAAAUAGAGCUGUGAAACAACCAGUUUUGUUGGAACUGGACUGCCCUCUGCUUCCCAGUUCAUGCAUUCAGAGUUUGUAACCUGACAGUCUUUUUUUUGUCAAGGAUGUUGCUCUGAAGUACAUCACUACAUAUGCCUUCUUAAUAUAUACUUAGUGUGACGUUUUAAGAUUAUAGUGCAGGUAGUUUUUGUAUUUUGUUUCUGCUUGAGUUUCACAUUGUCAUGAGCUCAGUUAUUGCCACUGGUCAGUGUCUCUCUGUGCAUUCAGCAUCCUCCAAUUGUGACAGGCAUUGACUGACCGCGAUAGUGCAUUGUGUAUUUUUGCAUUAACUAAUAGACUUCUAGGUUUAAAAUGAUGUGUUUUGAUCUGUUUCUUUGUGACUAACAUUUCACAUUUAGUUUCUGGCAACACCUCUUAGCAUUCUGCUAAUCUCUGUUUAUAUAUUGAAUCAUGUGCUUUUAAGCACUGUUCCAUAGUGUAACAACAGAUUGAUGUAGUUUAGUACUGGACAUUAGGGAUUAAAUAGAUUAAACCAUUAUAGGUAAAGUGAUGUGUUUUAUGUCUUUAGAUGCCAGAUUUGAUAUCAUAAUGUCUACCGUUAAGUGCUCAGACAUUAAAUGGACAAAGAGUUGCAUAGGGGGAAUGUUAAUUGGAAGUGAUUGUAACCACAGAGGUGUAAAAUAUAUGACAGAAAAUGCUGUAAAAAUAAUGUUUUACGAAGUGACAUGGUGUAAGUACAUAGGCACAGAAAGCCCGAGCUGUAUUCUGUACUUAUCAGCAUGCUGCUAUUGGAACUAGUGGUAGAACAAAAGAGCAUGAUGUAGAAUCAAAUAAACCACACUCAGUCAGCAGUUCUUGUGCAUUGUUUACUGAUUCCCCCCUUCCCCCAAGAUCUCUAAAUGUGUGACAGUUUUUUUCUCUUUUGACCAUGUUAUAUUGUAUCUAUAAUUUGCAUUAAAUAGACUGUCAGCACUACAAUUGUAAUGUAUUUCCUCCAGGGCUUUUUCUUUCCCUCACUUCCAUUGAUUUUACUCUGUAUCCUGUUCUCCUUAACAACAAGAGCUAGAGUCUCAUUUGUUUUUUUAUCUGACAAUUGCUGACGUAUUCUUUUAGUAUUUUUAAACUUUUGUCGGCCCAAGAAAAAAGGUCUUCUUUCCCUUACAGUGUUUUGCUGGGUGCAAAUUUAGUGUCACUUUUUAUUCAUUCACUUAUAGUUCAGGGGUCUUGGGAGACUGAACAUUAUCAAGGAUAAGCAGUAUCUCUUAUUUUUCAAUGGAAAUGGACACCAUAAUAAGACAUAUGGAAGACAAAACUACAAACCAGUAUAAAUCAUCUAAAAAUUACUGAAACAUGAAUUGUCAUGAAGGUACUUGUGGUCACAUGGCAGAGUGGAUAUGAUUUAAUGCAAAUUGAUGAAUGUAAAGUAAACCCUUCCCACUUUUGCAUCUAACUGCAUUUAAUUUUGUAGCACAGUCAUACACAACUAAUUAAAAUAGUAUUGGUGUUAAAGUUAAAAAAGUUUAAAAAGUUGUGCAUAUCAUAUUGAUCAGAUAAUUGUUUACUGUCCAACUUCGCAUUCCUUCCCAACUUUUGUUGAGGAAAGGGAUAAGGGUUUUUUUCAGCCGAAUAUGUUUCAUGGCCUUAUGUGCCAGGUUGUCCUCUGGAACAGUUUCCCAUGUACUCCUUAGCACUGCAGUUCAUCAGCUGCUAUAUUGGCAGCAAAUCGCUGUUAAUUUCUCAUUGCAGAGUUACGUGUUGAUGCGUAUGUUUUUAUAUAUAUAUAAAGGAUCAAGCAAAUAAAUUUGCACACAUACACAUUGAGAGCGUGACCCCUUGUGACCACACAAUUCCUUAAGAUAGCAUAAUUCAGCUGGUUUUACAAUCCAGAACUUCCUUGAGCAAGCUUUUAUAUCACCCUUUCCAUACAUAAGGAUGCCUAGGAACUGCAGACUAAAUGCUCAGUUGAUGCUUUUAUUUGUAGUGUAGGCAAUAGGAGCACUUAGGUAACAAUAUGGGAGAAACUACAAAUGAAGACACUUUUACCUUCUGACGAUUUUUUUUUAAAUAUCACAUUCUGCACUUUCAUGCUAUUUCAAAACUAUUGAUCCUAAGUAUUUUUUUUAAAAUCAUUUUUAUGGCAUAUGGAAAUCAAGAUAUGUAAUUUUCUCAUGGUUAUGUUGCUAUGUGUUGACAAAUUUUAAAAGGUUCUUGCUUAUUAUUAUGUUGGCAAUAAUCUAAGAAAUAGAUAGCAUCUUUAAUUUUAAGUACCUGUAAAUAUAAAUGAUAGUUUUAUGAAAUCAUGCAACUCUCCCACUUUCCUGUUUCAUUUCUCUGUCUUUAUUUAGUGGGCAACAGAGAUUUUGUCUUACAAAUACCAGAAAUCAGAUUUUUUUUGUUUGCUGUUUUAUAAAGCUUUCUUUUAAUUGAAGUUUGCAAGUCUCGUGGUUUUUACCCUGUGAAAUUAAGAAAGAGUUCAGAGGUAAUGACGUGUUUUAUUUAAGGUUAUUUUUCAGAGGUAAUGACGUGUUUUAUUUAAGGUUAUUUCAACAUUGACAUUUCCAAUUCAUAGCAGUAUUAUGUAGUUUUGUGCAUAGUUCAGCACUUGUGGUGCAGACAGAUUAAUAGGACAAUUACCAAGUUCUUUGUAUUGUAUUGGUCUUGCCAGUGUUGAAGUAGCUGAUUACUUUGUGAUCAGAUUGUCAGAGGAAAAAUAAACUUACAUUAAAAUUUCAGCUACUAAAUUAAAUAUUUCAUAUUAACUUUUUUUAAUGCAUUCUCCACCCUUUUGUUAGAUAAAAUUUAGGGUGUAUUAGCAAAUGUUAUAGCUGCAUUUCAGCUCUAAAAAAAAACUAAUAAAGCUUUUUUCCAAACAAAAGGUUUGGACUUUAUCUGGAAAUACUGUAAAAUACUGUAUUCAUAAUUUUUAACUUAUUAUCAGGGAAGCAAUUCAUUCUCAAUUUUAGAAUGAGUAAUCCUUUGUUUCAGAUGCAUCUAUGAUAUUGUGAUUUUAUUUAAAAUAGAGGACAACAUAUGAUUGAAAAAAUGUAUUAUUGCUGGUUUGAAACUAAACUGAUCCUGUUGUGCAACGUGACAUUGUGCAAAAUUAAGCAUGGAUUCAAUAGGAGAUAUUAGCACUUAAUUUGUGGCUCUGGAUCUGAAGCAGGGGGUAUUCUUAAAAUGCUGCAGAUGCUUAUGGCCAGACUGUAUGUAUGCUGGACCUGUAUCCAUAAAAUUAUCUUUGCUUGGUUAGUUGUCCUGUCUCAUCCACCAGCAACCUAGACCCUCAUAAACGUAAAUGUGCAGCUUUUUUAAUCUGCCUCAUAAAGUCCCUUGAUAUGUACUGAGUUUCUAAAGCCUGAUGUGACUAGAUGAUGAUGGCAUUCAGAAUUUUGCAAUCAGGUCAUUCGGUACUUCCUUCAGAAUGGACACAGUAACUUUUAUACAUGUUCCUGGCCAUCUGACAUAGAAAGCAACCUGAAGUAGUUGCUUUCUGUGAGGGUUUUUUUUCUUCAGAUCUUUAUAAAUACAUAGGUAUGAAUGUCUGGAAUUGCUUGUAUGCAUGUGCAUAAGUGUAGAAGCAUGCCAAAAUACAUUGUUUCAGCUGCUUUUAUUUAAACCAAUGUUGUGUGAAAUAAAAGCAGUGCUCAAGAAUAGGAAUUUUUCUAAACAGUCUUGUCUCCACUCCCCCUCCCAUCCAUGAUGAACAUAUUUGUUUAUUUUUAUGUAAGGACCCAUAUUUGAUGUCACUUAAGCUGCUUUGCACAUGAUGCCUGAUUGGCUCAGUAUGGGAUUGAGGUAUAUCUACCCUACCCCAUCCCAAAAUAACUUUUUGACAGAUAUUUAGUGCCUCAUUUACAGUUGGUGAUCAAGUGUAAGUGACACCUACAUUUUAGGUUUUCUGGCAUCUGUAGAGUGCAGCUUCUGUAGCCAGCAAUUGUUACCUGUCUGUGUGUAAAUUAUAUUCAAUCCAGAGAUGAUGUACAUGAGUAACAAUUGUGAUUUGCUGGGGUUGUAUGCUACCCCUCCCCUAGUGUCAAGCCCUGAAUGGUGUGCGUUCUCUGACACAAACUUUUCAGCUGGGAUUUUCAAUAAAAGUUACAGGUGACAUUAGGGA